AUGUCACAACCAUUGAACUCGAACCCAGAGGUUCUUUUAAGAAAGAGAAGAAAUGCUGAUCGUACUAGGUUGGAGAAGCAGGAGCUUGCCAAGAAGAGAAAGGAGCAAGAAGAGAAACAGAAACGUAGUAAGAAGAACAGAUUUGUUAGAGCUGAGACGAUAGUCGCCACAACUUUGGCUACUGAGAGAGAAAAGACCAGAAUCAGAAGAGUCAGAGACUUAGAAAACCAAAAGGUCAAGAACGAUUUGUCACAUAUCCCAUCCGAUAGGGAUUUUAUCUUGCGUAUCUCUGAAAGAGAAGCCGGUAGUAAGGCUACAUCCGAAUCUGAGCUUCAAGAUGUUGAUGAGGAAGAUGAAGAGGACGAUGGGUUAAUCAGGGAAAAAAUCGUAUACGAUGGUGAGCCAAGCUUAUUAUUUGUUAUAAGAGUGAAAGGACCCACAGCUGUGAAGAUCCCAGCAAAGGCUUACAAAGUGUUAUCUCUUUUGAGACUUGUUGAGUUGAACACUGGUGUUUUCAUCAAACUUACCAAGGACGUGUACCCAUUGUUGAAACUUGUAUCACCAUAUAUUGUUAUCGGACAACCUUCACUUGCAUCUAUCCGUUCUUUAAUCCAAAAGAGAUCUAGAAUAAUGUGGCAAAGGCCAGAAGAUAAAGAACCAAAAGAGAUAAUCUUGAAUGACAACAAUAUCGUUGAAGAGAAAUUAGGUGAUGAAGGUGUCAUUUGUAUCGAGGAUAUCAUCCAUGAGAUUUCGACGUUGGGCGAAAAUUUCUCGAAAUGUACUUUCUUCCUAUUACCAUUCAAAUUGAACAGAGAAGUCAGUGGAUUCGGUGCCAUCUCCCGUUUGAAUAAACUGAAAAUGCGCGAACAAAACAAGAAGACUCGUCAAAUUUCAAACGCUGCCACGGCUCCAGUUAUCCAAGUAGAUAUCGACUCAAUGAUUUCCAAGUUGAAUUGA